CAAAAAAGUAAAUAAAGCGUCUUUGCAAGACACGUGUCAAAAUCAGGUAAAUAAUCGGCUUAUCUUUGUAGGUCUUUGAUAGGAACGUCUUUAUAAUACAGUUAAGUCUUUUGGUCACAAAAUUGCUCCGGGAAGGCAGAUCUCAGUAUACAUGUGUUUUAAAUACAUGUAAUGUCCGGAUAUCAGUGUACAAGUCCACGGUUAGGUGUUGAAGACUGUUUUAUCAGUUAUCUCCCUUGUGAAACUCUUCUUCACAUAUUUUCAUACCUGCCAGCAAAGGAUAUUGCAGCUUGUACAGAAACGUGUAGAUAUUGGUGUGAAGUUAUCAACAACUGUGACAAUCUGUGGAAGCUACAGUGUCUUACCCUCACUGAUAGUAGUCACUGUAUUCAAGCUGAUAGACAAACUGGCCAUUCCUGGAAAGAAACAUUUAAGAAGAACUACGGUGUGAAUGGUUUCAAGAACCUUUGGAAACAAGGUACAUUCAGCAAUCCUAGAAGUUACCAAGAAUUAUUGAAUAGACCAUUCUGUCAUCUUGAUACAGACAGCUGGGGACAAAUUUUAGAGUGGGAACUCGAGCGUUCAUGAUUGUGUGUAGAUAAACAAUUGUCAUUUUAGAAGUAUAGUGAUACACUUUUCCCUGUUUCUUAGCGAGAUAUCAUUCUGACAUUGUCUCUUGUCUUUUGAUGACAUUAUAUUGUUUUGUAUAUACACAAGUUUAGGGCGUUUUUUUUUUAGAAUAUAUUUUGAAUCCAUGUUAAGAUUGGAAGAUUGAAGAUUUUAAAUUUCUCUGUGAUAUACUACCUCUCUAUUUUGUAAGUGUUAUUUUUUAAGGUUUUUUGCAACUAGUAUUUUAUAACAGUUUUUAAGAAGUUUAAAUUUAGCAAGUAUUUAUUCUGAAAAAAAAUCAUCAAAAAGUGAAAAAUGAUGUCUAGUGGGACCUUUGACAGUUUAAGUAUGUUUGUUGUUGUUAUAUUGAUACUGGUUUGCUCUGUGAGCACCCAUAAUGAGGAGAACUUGUAUCAAGCAAAAGAUAACUUACCAACUAUGGGCCCAGCUAAAUCAGUGCGCUAUUUGCUGUAUGAUGUUAAUCCAGGUGAAGGUUUUAAUUUAAGACGUGAUGUGUACAUGAGAGUUGCGAAUUUGGUGAAGUUUUUAAAUGAAGAUGAACCUUGGGUAUUAGUAUUACCUCCAUGGGGGAAACUUUAUCAUUGGCAGUCAACACACCUCUCCUCACAGACUAAAAUAAAGUGGGAGAAUUUCUUUGAUAUCAACAGUUUGGCUAUGCAUGUGCCUGUUAUUGAAUUUGAAGAUUACCUGAAAGCCGUGGGUAAACCUGAGAUUGAUGAGGUUUAUUAUCUGCAGAGGUAUAAGGAAGGUUGGACUAAAUGGGAAGAGAAGAUUGAUAUCCGUGAGUGUAUUGACCCACCAAGAUAUAGGAAAGACGAUGAUGGCAAAUGGCGAGGACAGUUCUUUGGAUAUGAAGAAGUGUAUGCCAAAAAAUUUGAGUGCAUGUCUUCUCAAGCAUAUCUGCUGACUUAUAAACCAUUUCUAAUGAAAAAUACCACAGGCAGGACAAUAUUUCUAGACAGAGCUGAAAACGUAAUUCAUGGACAGUACAGUGAAUGGUCUAGAGAAUGGUGGACUGCCAGACGUAGUAUGGUCUUCGCAAAAUACCUCAGAGAUGUUGGUGAUGAGUUCAGAAAAGAAAAGCUAGACUCUAAUGAUAUAGAUGACAAAACUGAACUAGAACCUUGGACUAAGAUGAAAAGAAACCAUGGAGAUGCUAAAGGUGGACCUUAUGUAGCAAUUCAUCUACGUAGAAAAGAUUACCUCUAUUCUCAUGCCAAAGAAGUGCCUAGUUUAGAAAACGCAGCCAAAACUGCCAAGAAUUUCUUGAAGAAAUACAACCUUAAGAAGUUGUUUUUAGCUACUGAUGCAAAUGGGGAUGAUUUAAAAGCUUUUAAAAAGAUGAUGAAAGGAUAUGAGGUCUAUUAUCAUAAAAGAUCUCUCCCUGAUGUUAAUAAAUAUUAUGAUGGCGCCUUUGCAAUUAUUGAUCAGUGGAUAUGUGCUCAUGCAAGGGUUUUCAUUGGCAGUCAUGUUUCUACAUUUUCAUUCCGUAUCCAUGAAGAAAGAGAGAUCCUUGGCUUUGAUCAGGAGACCACAUUUAAUAGAUUCUGUGGUGAUGAUGAACCUAAAGACUGUGAACAGCCUACCAAAUGGAAGAUCAUGUAUUAACUCUUUGAUGAUACUGAUACUGUGAAAAAGACUUCCCUUGCUAUAACAAAAUUUAAGCAUCAAAGUAUUAUAUUUUGCGAGCAAAUUAUUCAGAGACUAGUCAAAUUAUAAACUUUUCUAGUUUUGCCCUGAUGACAUGUCAUUAUAAAAUAACCUCUUUUUCAAGUGAUAGGGACAUUAUUAUAUUUUUUGUGAGGAAAGGGUACAUAAUGAUAUAAAAGAAAAGUUGCUUUUAUAUGUAUGAAAUAUAUCAUUUAAAAACAACGAGUCUGUUCAAAAGAAAAUUGUGUGACUGUUAAGAUAAAUGAAUCUGUACAUGGUAUUAUUUUACCCGUGAAAUUGUGAUCAGAAGAUACUGUUAGGAAUGGUGAACUGUAUUUACACAAGUUCAUUCCAAAAACAUCUAGAUACUUGUAAUCAUGUUGUGUAUGUGGCUGUUUUAUUUUUACCAAGAAUUUUUCAUAGGUAAUGGACCAUUUCAAAUAUACAGCAUUUACAAACCUUAAUUUAUAUAUGUAGAACUGAAAAGCAUUUGUUUUAUAUUAUUUAUUACAACGUUUAUGUUUAUAUAGAUAAAGCAUAUUUCCAAAAGUAUCAUUAUCCCUCGCUUAAUUUUUUUAGAAACAUUUAUUAUUUUAUAAUAUAUACAUGUAGUUGGCAGUCAUUCCAUAGGAACACAGGAUCUUGAUGGAAUAACCUGACACCUAUAAUUAAAAAGUAGUUAAUAUUGCAUUUAAUAAUUCUAUGGGUAUUAAGCAUUUGUGACUGUACUUAUAUCAUCAAUAGAAUAGCAAGUUACUAUGGUUUAAAUUAUGCUAGUAAAAGUUUAGUUUAUUGUAAGCAGUAAAGAAUAAUUUUUCCAAUAUUUGAUUUGAUAUAAGAGUCAUAAGUCACUAGAAAGUAGAAUAUUUGAUAUGUUAUAAUAUUGUAUGUAUGUUGUCCUGCAUAUUCUCCCCUCCUCCCUCGUGAAUGAAGGUAUAUGGACUGUUUUAUGGCAUGUGUUACAGUGAAAUUUUGUGUGAUAAAUGAAUCUAGAGGCCUUGGUCAUUGUGUCUGACCAGUGGUUUUUAUUGUUGAUUUGAAAUCAUUUUCCCAUUACUGUUGUUGUUAAAACCCAUUAGGAUCAUUUUAUUCAUUUAUGCAUAAGAACUGUGAAUCAAAUGCAUGAUGAUGUGAAGUAUACACUGCCUCUACUCUUGGGCAAUCUUGAGUCUUAACAUAACGCAUGGGGGAAUACUUCAGGUCUUCUACCAAUGGCAACCUUUGCCAUUUAGACACUGAAUGAGUGCGUUGUUAAGUCAACAAAAAAAAAGAAGACAAGAACAUAAAAUUUCUAUAAAUAUGUGCAGAGUAACUGUCUCCCUGCAAUUUUAUUGUUGUCAUACCUUAUUUAAGUUACCACAUUUACUAAAAAAAAACUGAUCUUUACUGGCAUAUCUGGCAUUUUUUUGAUGUUACUCAAUCUAUUUCAUUUGACUGAGUCGUGCAAAAACAGAGAGCAAUAAUUUCUAGUUUAAAUUCAAUAAAAAGUGGGUUUGAAUUCUGUCAUGAACUUUCAAUAUAUCAUUAUUUGGUAACACUAGGUAGUCAAGCUAGACUACAGAAAGUCAGUGGCUUCUUUCACAAGUAAAGCUGGAAGGUCAAUGCAUGUUGUAAACAGUGAUCAGGUAUUAAUACAAAAGAAUGUGAUUCUUAGACUCAAGAGAAUGUCAAAUAAAUGUUAUUUUCAUAAGUUUAUUAUUGUUUGUGGAUGCAAGGAAAUAUUGUCUUACAAUUAAUUGGUUAUUGAUAAAUGUAUAUUUGUUGGAAAUGAAAGUGAAAUAUUGUGAUAGUAAUUUUGUUGUAACAACACGAAUGUGAUGUAAUACUAUGCAAAAACUUGUUGUAUUAUUUUCUAUAUUGAUUGUAUUUGUAUUCACCCUUUUAAUUUAUGCUUGCAUAAUCUCAGUAUUUAUAUUACUUUUUGCAACACAGAAGAAUAAAUAUUUUAUAGACAUGUUCAUGUAUUUUAAACUUAAAAUAAUGGAGUUGACUUCCAAUUUGUAAAAAUAUAUACAUGUACAUUUAAGUGACACAUUUUAAUAGAUAAAUGACUACUUCAUUCAAAAGUGCCUGCUUUAUGAAGGUUUUUGCAUAUUGAUUUUUCAUGUGUCUAAACUAUCAGUAUCAAAACUUAUGAGUACUCUAUUAUCAACCUUGGUGGAAAAAAGAUUUCCACCAAAAAAUGCUUAACUUUUAGCCUCCUGUCCGCAACAAUUUCAAACCAUGUGACCAAGAUCAGUCGCCCCAUUCAUUGUCUGCACAGUUUGCUUUUCAGCCACUACAUAUUUUUGAGAUUUUUCUCCAAAAAGAUUAAUGGUUAUGCCCAGUUUGAAAGAUAGACAAGUCAAUUUAAGAUAUUUGGGGUGAAAAGAGUUAUUCAAAUUUGAAAAUACAUAUUGUCAGAAUCUGUUCUCUGUUAGAAUUAUUUUUAUAUAUUAAUCAACCUUGGAAAUAAAUUGCAUAAAAAUUUACAGUGUCAACACUUUAGUUUAAACAAUAUUUUAUUUAUAAUCCAUACAUUUACAUUAUAAAGUACAUAAAAUAAAAUUUAUGGAUUGAGUUGGAAGCUUUGUCAACAAUUAACUUAGUUUAUCUGAUAGGAGAUACAAUCCAUUAAUCUAAUCAUUUAUAACUUUUGUCUAGUGUACUUUGAUUAUUUCCAUAUUCAUUAAACUCUUGUCACCCUAUUUUCACAUCAUUUAAUCAAAGUGUUUUGUAGUCCCACAUUAAUAUACUGCCAAAAAGUGUUGUUGAUUAUUUAUGAUUAUAUAUAUAAUGUAUUUGUUGAUACUCACUUAGUCCUUAUUAUUACCUAUGUGCUUUGCUGUGUUGUUGUUUUUGUUGUUAAAUAUCAAACUUUUAAUAUUGUUGUUUUUCAUUUGCUAAAAUUUUACCCCAUUUUUUGUUUGACUUUACUUAUGGUAUAUCCUUUGUCUUAGUAAUCAUUAUGUUUUGUUUUAUUUUUUUUAAUUCCUUAUUAUUACCUAUAGAGUUUUAUCAUUGUGGUGGUUAUUGUCAAGAUAACAGUUAUUCUGAUUUAUAUUUGAUGUUUUGUUUUAUUUAUUUGAAACAUGUAGAAAAGAUUAAAUAAAUCAAUGUUAUUAUGUGUGUUACUUAAAAGUGACACUGUGUUUAGUUGUUUAAGGUUUGGUAUUAUCUUUCAUCACCAUGUGAAAAAAAAAUUGAAAAUUUAA